CAUGGGUAUGGUUUAUUCUUUUCAUUCAAUGGUUUUUAGUACCAACAAACAGCAUUUGCAUGUACCCAUUUCUAAAGCAAGUUCAAGGUCCUCACAGAACUUCGCUCUCCUAUUACUCUAACCUCAUAGACCACUGUUUGUCACUAAAGUCUUUAACUUUUGCCAAAACCAUUCAUGCCCAGUUGAUAAAAGUCGGGUUUGAUAGCCAUACUUUUCUGGGUAAUCGCUGUCUUGACUUAUACUCUCAGUAUGGCACAGUCAAUGAUGCUUUGAAAGUGUUUGAUGGUAUUGCUGAAAAGAAUUGUAUAUCUUGGAAUAUUUGUCUGAAGGGUUUGUUUAGAUAUGGUCACGUUGAAAGGGCAGGUUGUUUGUUUGAUGAAAUGCCUGUGAGAGACGUUGUUAGCUGGAACACCAUGAUUUCGGGUUAUGUUUCGCGUGGGUUUGUUGAUAAUGCGGUGGGAAUUUUUAUGGAGAUGCAAAAUGCUGGUGUAAGGCCAAGUGGGUUCACGUUGUCGAUUUUAAUGUUGCUUGUGUCGUGUGCUCAUCAUGGUAAGCAGAUCCAUGGUUGCAUAGUUCGUAGUGGUCUGAAUUUAUCGAAUGUGGUGCUUGGGAAUUCAUUAAUUGAUAUGUAUGGGAAGCUUGGACUUCUUGAUUAUGCUUUUGGUGUGUUUUUUACCAUGGAGGAGUUGGAUUUAAUCUCUUGGAACACUUUGAUUUUGAGUUGUCAUAGGUCUGGGUACAGAGAAUUGGCACUAGACCAGUUCUGUUUGAUGAGAACCACAGGGCAUUUGCCUGAUCAGUUUACUAUGUCGACAGUCAUUAGUGUCUGUUCGAAGUUGCAAAAUUUGGAAAAGGGUAAGCAAAUUUUCGCUCUCUGCGUCAAGAUGGGAUUUAUUUCUAAUAGCAUUGUAUUAAGUGCUGUUAUUGAUCUGUUUUCUAAAUGCAACAGAUUGCAGGAUUUAAUCCAGCCCUUUAAAGAACUAGAUCAAUGGGAUUCAGCCCUUAGCAAUUCCAUAAUUUCAAGUUAUGCAGCACAUGGUUUUGUGGAGGAUGCCAUGCAACUCUUUGUGCUGACAAUGAGGGAGAACCUCAGGCCAACUGAGUUCACACUAAGCAGUGUUCUAAGUACUGUUUCCACUUUGUUCCCAACAGAGCAGGGGUGUCAAAUUCAUGCUUUGGUUGUUAAAUUGGGUUUCGAGCCAGAUGCAGUUGUUGCUAAUUCACUUGUCGAAAACUAUUCUAAGGUUGGCUUGAUUGAUUAUGCUAUGAAAAUUUUUACCAAUAUGGGCGUACGAGACCUGAUAUCUUGGAACACUAUGAUUUUGGGUUUGACUAACAAUGGUAGAGUGUACAAGGCACUAGACAUUUUCAAGGAACUAGUUCAGAGAGGUCCUAAACCAGAUCGAACAACUCUGGCUGGAGUGCUUAUGGCUUGCAAUUAUGGGAGUUUUGUUGAUGAAGGAAUGAUUAUUUUUUCUUCAAUGGAGAAGGAAUAUGGAGUUGUACCUGGGGAUGAGCAUUAUGCUUGCAUAGUGGAGUUAUUGAGUCAAGCUGGUAAAAUUAAAGAAGCAAUAGAUGUUAUAGAUGCAAUGCCUUAUGAACCUAGUUUUGUCAUAUGGAGAUCAAUUCUUCACACUAGCGUGAUUCAUGGAGACUUGAAACUCACUGAAAGAGUUGCAGAGAGGAUGAUGGAGUUGGAACCACAGUCAUCUCUACCUUACUUGGUAUUGUCUCUGGCAUAUGAGAUGAGGGGCAGAUGGGAGAGUAUAGUUCGAGUAAGAAAUUCCAUGGAACAUAAACUUGUCAAGAAGGUCACUGGCUGCAGUUGGAUUGGGAUAAAAAACCACAUAUAUAUGUUUAAGGCAGACCAAGUAGUGCAUCAUGGAGGUGAAGACAUCUAUUUGGUGUUGAGAGUAUUGAUUGGGCAGAUGGAGGAUAAAGAUUAUUCUGAUCUUCAUGCAUACAUUAACUGAUAUAGUUAUUGAUAUAAUCCUGUUUGAGUUCAUUUUACCUUAAUGUUGCCGUAAAUGUUGAAUGCUAAGUUUUAGAAGAUUAAUGUGUACAGCUAUCAUUGUGGAA